UGCCAUUGUGGUGAUCGACUUCACCUCUUCAGUUCGCAUGGGGACCUACUCAUUGAGCUCACAUAGAUGUAGAGCUGACAUUGGUGGACAGCUUAUAUUAGGAAUCUGACACUCUGACCCGAUGAUGUCUCUUUCUCGGCUACAAUACUGAAUUUAUCUUUAUCACCUCUUCAGUCUUGUUCCGAAUCUCACUCCACAGACACCAGGUAUAGAGCGAGAUAAGCGGAUCUUCGUGAAGUUAUAAGGUCUGUUUCAUGCGUAGGAUAUCUACCUACGCAUUGCUCUAACCAUGUUUCCUUCAGUUGAUGGUCGCCUUACUAUCCUCGUUGUCUUACCCGUGUCCCUUGUUGUCAUCACCGCACUCAGGCGGUUUAUCGAGAACAAACAAAACAAACCUUCCCUCCCUCCUGGACCAGUGCCGCUCCCACUGUUAGGGAACGUUUUGUCUCUUAACGCCAAGGAGCCCUGGUUGACUUAUACGGAAUGGCGCGCUGCUUAUGGAGAUGUGGUCUUCGUGCGACUUCUCGGCCAGGAAGUCGUAGUGAUCAAUUCUCAGCGUGUUGCAGAAGCCUUACUGGAUAAGCGUUCUCGAAUCUACUCUGAUCGACCAACUAUAGCAACAGUGGAGCCAUUUGGUUGGUCGGUCGUCUUUGCAUUCGCACCUUAUGGCGACGAAUGGCGUCUUUGCCGACGAAUCUUCCACCAAACCUUUCGUCCUGACUCUGCAGUCAAGUUUCGCCCGAUGCAGAUGAGACGGGCUCGUGAGAUGAUCGUCAACCUAAUUGAUGACUCUCAACAUUAUCAUACUCACUUCGCAACAUUUUCGUCCUCUGUGGCGAUGUCGGUUGUAUACGACUACCAGCCCAGUGCUCGUGAUGAUCCUCUGAUUCGAAUUCUGGAAAAGGCAGUAGAAAUUGGAAUCAAGGUGGUGACCCCAGAGAGAGCCCUCUUGCUCGAACUCUUCCCUUUUUUACUGAGGUUACCUGACUGGUGUUGGGGAUCCUCGAUCAAACGCGAUGCUCAAAUUUCGAUUAAUCGCAUGACUGAAAUGACGGAGACGUCGUUUCGAUAUACACAGCAGCAUAUGGCCGAAAACUCGGUUCUUGGCAAGUGUUCCAUGGUGGCAGAAAAUCUUCAACGAAUGGAGAAGCAAGAUCAGGCAUCCGGACCAUUGUUUGAGAGUUCCUUGAAGAAAGCAGCUACUACUGCUAUCGUUGGUUCAUAUGAGACGACUACGUCGGUCUUGAUGAUUUUUGCUCUCGCCAUGGUAUUAUAUCCAGAUGUUCAGAGACGUGCACAGGCAGAGAUCGACUCAGUGAUCGGAAGAGAUCGCUUACCUGCGUUCGAGGACAGAGCAUCACUACCAUAUGUCGAAUCAGUUCUGCGGGAGACUUUCCGAUGGCAUCCCGUUGCACCCCUUGGCAUACCGCAUGCUACAUCGAGUGAUGACACAUACGAUGGCUUCUUCAUCCCAAAAGGGGCGACUGUUAUAUACAACAUAUGGGGCGUUUCACGGGAUGAAAAGCGGUACCCCGAAGCAUCUAGCUUUAUACCAGAGAGAUUCUUGGACGUCAAUGGUGUUUUGACUGAUGAUGACCCUGCGGAAUAUGUGUUUGGAUUAGGCCGGCGUGGAUGUCCAGGCCGAUAUGCUUCCGAUGCCUCUCUGUGGUCCGCCAUUGUGACCAUGUUGGCCACGGUGGACUUUUCUUCUGCCAGAGAUGACCAAGGCAAUGUGAUCGACUUCACCCCCCAAUUCACGACAGGACUCGCUCGUUCCGUUACGACCUUCCCCUGCAGUAUUUCGCCACGUUCUCAUGUCCAUUCAGGACUUGUGGAUGUUUUACGAACGGGAGCGUAAUAUGUAUAUGAUGAAAGACCCAUCUAUCGUCCUCUUGCCCAAUUCGCGCAUUCUGUGUACUUGUAUUUGAAACUAACAUUUUUUCCCAGUAGUGUACAUUAGUCAAAUAUCGCGUCUCUAUGUCGAAUUCUUCCCCAGUGCCAAUCCUAAACCCCUGCCGAAAGACAUCCCGGCCCUUCAG